CGGCAACAUUAUUGAUUCUACGAAAGUAGUUGUUUGCGCGUGUCAAAUUGUACCUCGAUGCAAAGGUAGACCUCCCGACAGUAAUAACACAUAUUAACUCACCUAGGGUGGGUGACCAACGGUAACGUUCCAGAAACACAUUGCGUUGAACUAUUGCUUUGUUCACACGUUGUUAAAGUCCACGGUUAAAAGAUAUCGAUAUUGAAAUAUAUAUAUAUUAUUUGUGAAAAUGAUGAAAAAGACGUUAUAUUUCACAUUUAUUGUGCUUCUUGUGGUUGUGACGAACAUUGAAUCCAAAAGAAGCAUGUCUCGCAGUCGAAGCUCGGGAUCUGGACGCAGUACAAGCAGAAAAACUAAUACACAUUCUCAACCAGCGCCUACCCCUUUAAGCCACUCACAGGCUUCCGCGCCCAAACCCUCUUUGUUUGGAUGGCAAGAGAAACCAGCUCAGAAAAGUCAAGGUCAUUCGUAUCCACAAAGUAAUACUGGACUUUCUGGAAGUAAUCAACCAAAAACGUCCCAGCAAGAAGCCAUACAAAGGAGCAACGUACCUUUACAGCAAUCUAAACCAGUGCAGACUAGUCAAUCAGGUCAUGCAUAUCCACAAAGUAAUACUGGCUUGUCUGGAAACAGUCCACCAAAAACAUCUCAACAAGAAAGCAUGCAAAGGAGUAAUGUUCCUUUACAACAAUCUGGAAUUUCUCCGCAAAACAGUCAAUCGGGGGCUUCUUAUCCAGCUUCGAAUGGUCUAUCUGGAAAUUCUGGUUCAGGUACCGGGUAUCCACAAGGGUCAGGGUUAUCAGGUUCUAACUCGGCAUCACUUCCAAAUCAAGGAAUGAACUCGCCCAAUAAUUUUAGACCACAUGCUUCUCCUCCUAAUGGUUUUAACAAUAAUAACCAACCUCCACAUGGACCACCACCUCCAUAUUCAAGCUUAGGAAAUAACUACAACCAUCAUCCUCAAGGACCUCCUCCACCAUAUACAAAUAAUGGACAUGGUUAUGGAGGCUACGGAGGACAUGGGGGUUAUGGAGGGUCAUACGGGCCACAGUCACCCGGCUAUUUUGGAGGUUAUGCUAAUAAUGGUAAAAACUUCGGAGGUGUAAGCCAAACACGAAGUGCCUUAACUGGAGUUGGUAUUGCUGGUGCUGGAAUAGGUACGGUAUUAACGGGCUUGGCAUUAUGGAAUUUAGCUAGAUCGACUGGCCGCCACCAUCACACCGUAAUUUAUGACAACCGAGGACAACCGAUUGCUGUUGCCCCUGAAAAUAGUACAACACCAGUUUCAGAUCCUUUCUUAGACAACUUAGUCAACUGUACAUUAACUAUAAAUAAUGGCAAUACUACAGAAGUACUUGCUAUACCUUGCUCUAUUGCGACUUCAUUCACUCCGGAUGCUAAUGUGAAGGAUUUAGGUGUGAAUAGCAAUAAUAAAGAGGAUAACACAAAGUGUACAAUAACCGUUGUUACAAAAGAAGGAAAAGAAUUUAUGACAACAAUACCUUGUUCUGUUCUUCUUAAUUCAGCAGCGGAAAAUAAUGUAACAGAAACUCCAAUCUCCUUUAAUUCGACAGACAUAGAAAUUUUUACGACGGUGCCUACUGAAGAUAAAAUUUCUUCUGAACAACCGACUGCUCUAAGACUUUCUAAUAUUGCUGAAAAUACCAGUAGCGAACAUAUAUCGCCAAAUUGUACUCAAGAACCAGGGGACAUUAGAGAUCCAAUUAAUCCUUGUUUUAGUGUUAAUCAUAAUCUCACUGUUAUACCUUUACAACCAAUUGAAAAAUGAUUUCUUGUACUAAUACUAUUUAAAGUACCGAAGAAACCGUUUCGUUCAAAUGUUUCGUCGAUUAUUGAUAUAUCACAUAGUUUGGUUGUAGAUAACAUCUUACACUAUUAGAAUAAAAUAGAAGCGUAUCACGCUUUUAGUUUCUAACUAGUAAUAGAAUUAUUAGGAUGAUUUUAGUAUAUUUUUCGUUCUGGAAAAAACAACCCCAUUCCAUAAAAAUAAUAUUUAUAUAAUAUUAUACUAAUAUAUAAUGACAUGAAAAUAUUAUAGCAUUAAAUUUUCAAUAUAGGAAGUAUAUCGUAAGUAUUAAAAAUUAAUUAAAUAAUAUGUUUUGCUAGAAAAUUCAUCUUUUAUAUAUUUUUUUGUAUUCGUUCUGAAUGUGAGCCUAAAUCUUAGUAAAUUUACCUGUAUAACAUAGUUUUAAGAGCAUUACCCAUACAAAAGUCGAAGUAAAACUAAGACUACAAUUAAGAACUUUAUGUAUAAAAAGUAAAAUAAUUAAAUUAUGAUCAGCAAAUAAUGAUUAAAAUGUAUCUAAAUUUAAAAUUACAUACAAAUUAUGCUAUAUUUUUCUCUAAAUAAAUUUAUUUUUAACAAUA